AUGGCUGAGCGGCAGGACUACCUGGAGGAUGGAAGCCCUCUUAUUAAGGCAGCCGAGUUGGGCAAAAUGCGUCUGGUUCGACUUCUGGUUGAAGGAGGCGCCCAAGUCAACGAGCGCAACCAACGAGGUGAGACGCCUCUUUUAGCCGUUUGCCGAGCACUGAGAGCCGACCAGUCUGGAAACACUACCUACCUCAGGCUUAUCCGUUUCCUUCUCCAGCAUCAUGCCGAUCCCAAUGCGCAGGACAAGUCUGGAUGCACACCCCUUAUGUAUGCAUGUAUGGAGCGUGCCGGAGCUGAAGUGGUUACAGCCCUGAUUUCUGCUGGUGCUGACCCUAGCAUCGAGGACUACGCUGGAGGUUCUGCGUUGGUCUACGGCAUCAACGCCCGUGACCAGGAAACAAUCCGUGUGUUGCUUGAUGCUUGCAGGGCUAAGGGGCGUGAUAUCAUUAUCAUCUCCACAGAUCUAAGUACAGGAGAUGCCACUGUAAGCGGGCACUAUCUGGACGUGCCUCCAUCGCCUGACACCUCGCCUGUCGCCUGCAUGUCACCCUCUGACAUCGAGCUCAAGACAGGCUCACCAAACUCAGAGGCUGAAGGCGAGGGUAUCUUUAAUUUCAGAGCUUCAGGAAAGAGGGGGAGCCGAGCAGCCUCACCUCUGCUUCUAGACCCGGAGGCAUCAGAGCGCCAGAGGCUAAGUUCUGAACCCUGGCUAGCCAUCCACAACUUGGCACACCUCACUCGCACCUAUGAAGAAAAGAUAACGAAGGGAAAUUUGCAGGAAGAAGAGGAUAAAGAGGUGAAGUAUAGCAGCUGCGACUCGCUAGCUCGGCAAGAUCUAAGAAGUUCUGCCAACCUCAAACCUGGUCGAAGGUUUUGCAGGAACCAUGUGGAGAACUUUGCUCCACUGAUGCAAGCACAUCUACAAAAUCGGCGUAACACUUUACCUGCUCUCCCUGGACAGAAUUUACUUCACCUUCCCACCUUGUCACUUAAUCUCUCUUGCUCAGACACACACCUACAUAACAAGUCCAGCACUGUAACACUACCACCGGUUGCUACCAGUCGAAACCUUCAUCAUUCCCCUAGCAACACUAGCUCCUGCUCUCUGGCACCUCCAGCUUCUCAGUGCAGAUUUAAUACCAUGAGAAAAUGGAAACCACAGGAGCAGUUAAGUUUCAAGCCCCAGCCACGUAACACUACCUUCCUGCCUCCUCUCUUGGUCAGUUCGACUGCAGAGGCAAGCGCUGCUCCGAAAGCUGAAGAGACUCAUGUUUUAUAUAUAACAAGUGGACAAGAAACAGUGGCAGUAAAAUUGGAGAGAGAGAGAGAGGGAGAUGAUGGCAGGAUUAUUUAUGUUGUUUGCAAUUAUAUAAAUUGA